AUGCAUAGCACGGCGAGGAACUUGCACGAGGAGGCGGACUCAGACUUCUGGGAUAAGUUGUGGCGUUGCGCAGGAUAUGCUCAGACACAAGACGGAGACUAUGUGAGGAUGAAAGCAGAAGAGAUUGAGAGCGCGCGCCUGUCUAUGCCCGAGCUCGAAGCUCUCGUGGAGGCUGAACUGGCAGAUUACUUAGUAGAGGUAGAAGAGGACGACGAGGAGGCUCGCGCCAAGGAGAAGGACGAAGACUGGAGUAGGCUCAUGGAGUACGCGAGAAUCGGCGACUUACACAAGGCGAUGGACCUGAUCCACGAGAAGUCGCGGCCUCAAGCUGCCGAGUCGUCAGAGGAUCUCCGAAGAUUCUUGACUUACAAAGAUCGCCCCAUCCCUCCCUUGCUGGCAAUCGCCUUAGCACCUCUCCUCUUUCUCAUAGUUCUCACCGGAAGGUUUGGCUGGACUGCUCUACACUGGGCUACUGAGUGCGAUCCAGCGGUGGAGGAGCCUGCGGUGGUUGACAGGAAGUAUCAGAUCCUGAAGCUAAUCUUAGACUGCAACUCACAUUUCAAUCCUGCCAUCAAGACACAGCGAGGCAACACUGCACUAGUGCACACGAUCUGGAACGGGAACUUGAAGUCCUGUCAGCUGAUCUUGAAGAGGAAGGCAUGCGAUCCGAACAUCAAGACUGAGUUCGGAUGGAAUGCGAUGCACUGGGCGUGCAACGGCAAGCAGCUCAAGGACGGGAGAUGGAGGCCGUUCGUGGAGAUUGUGCAGCUACUUCUCAAGAAGCAGUUUGAGAUGGACAUCGACGCUGGCAGUCAGGCAGGGGACACUCCGCUCCACCUGGCGACCAUGAGGGGGUAUGCGUCAGUAGUUGACAUCUUGAUUCGAGCGAGAGCGAACAUCAAUGUACAGAACCUCAAGGGCAUGACACCGCUCCACGUCGCUUCUAUCCACCAGAACAGGGAGGUGGCGACUCUCCUGCUCUCCUACGGCGCAAAGAGAGACAUCCUCGUGAGAUCCCCCGUGUGCCUUCCCUGUCAGCUCCGUGACAGUGCGACUAUGAAGGACGAUGAGGGAAGAACAGCUGCCGACAUCUACGUUCUCAGGGUUGUCGACACUCUGCGAACGCUGAAGACUCCCGACCUCUACACCAAGGACUCCUUCGACAGGAAGGUGCUGAGUAUGCGGCCGAAGCUGGACCUCCUCACUAAGGCUCCUCAAGGGCUGAGUGUGGAGGACGUGUCAGUGUUGAGGGGCCAGAUGGAUCUUCUCUUGCUAUUGGUUUCUGGAUUCCAAGACGGCGAAUCCAGCGAUGACGACAGUCUUUGA